AUGGCUUCUCCCUCCAGUCCCGUAAUUCCUUGUAUUGUUUUUCUGGUAACGUUCAUUUCCGCUGCCAUGAACUCCCACGUCGUCGGAGCCUCCAAGGAAUUCAAAGUCGGCGAUUCCGAGGGCUGGCGCCAGCCCCCCGCCAAUCAAUCCGCCUUAUACAGUCGCUGGGCCGCCGCCAUCAGAUUCCACGUCGGAGAUUCCCUUCGUUUUGAGUACAAGAACGACUCGCUUCUGGUGGUGGACAAAUGGGGCUACUACCACUGCGACACCGGAAAACCCAUCUCCGUCUUCACCGACGGCGACACCGUCGUGAGUCUCGACCAGCCGGGGUUCGUGUACUUCAUAAGCGGCCAGGCCGACCACUGCCUGAACGGCCAGCACUUGGCCGUCAAGGUCAUCGCUCUCCGCCCAAUUCCCCGCUCUCCUCCGUCCGCCGCCAAUCCGCCGGGCCUGGCCUCCGCUCCGUCGCCGUUCUCAAGUUCAGCUGUAUCAGACUCGGCAGCAUUCGUUUCGAUUUCGCUGGCUCUUACUGCAAGUUUUAUGGAUUUGCUUUGGGCGCCAUAA